UUAAUUUAACCUUGUUCAUCAUCAUAAUUUUUUCUCUCAAGCAUUAAGAAACAUUAAUUUUCCCGAAAAAGAGAACAAAAGUUGAAUCGUGGAUUUGAGGUUGCUCUCUCACAAAUCACGUCCCAUUCCUUCCUUCCCCAAGAGGACAAGCAUCAGAAUCAAACACUUGCCAAGUUGUUGUCAUUUCAUCCACUACAACACGCAUUGCUGUCUCCCAAGGGCUGCUAUUGGUGGUUGAUCUCAUCUCAGACAUCUUCUAUGUGGUUUUCAUCACUGGAAGGAAAGCUAUAAUUUAUGAUUUAAACUUGGAAAAUUUUCUGUUGUUUUAAAAGCUUUCACUCUUGAGGGUGUAGUAGUGUAGAGCUUGAUUCAUUGAUUGUAUUUAAUGAAUGACGAGUUGGGGUUCACCCAAAGGUUCUCCUAGAAUGUCUUCACAUCCAAGGCCUCUUUCUUGGAUUGUAGUUGUAGUGGGAGCAUUGGCAGUUUUCUUGUUUUAUGCUUCAUGGGUUCUUUUAUCGUCCCCAGUUGGUUCGACGGUUCAGGGGUAUUUUUAUGGUGUAGGUAGUUCAGAGAAGUUAGGCUUUUCGGUUUCUCAAUUAAAUGAAGCUGCUGUUGAUCCUCACUUGAGUAAAAGUUCAGAUCUUGUUGAUAACAAACCGUCUUUUGAUCCAAAAUCUACCACAACCUCCACCGAUCGGUCUGAUGAUGGUGUGGUGGAAAAAACUGAUGCAACAUCAAACUCACAAGUAGACUCAAGUGAGCCUGCUUCAGUGAAAGUUCCGGUGACCAAGGAGGUGAAUGGCGCGGAAACUUCUGAUAAGGAAGUUAUUAAUUCACAAGAACAGGUGACUUCAUCUGGUGACGGUUCAGAUGCGGCCAGUAUUAGCUUGCCUGCUCAAACAAAUCCACAAGUUGUUUUGACUUCGAACGUGACAGGUAGUGUUAGAACUGAGGAACCCACUUCUGCAGUUUUGAAUGAUCAGUCUGGUGCUGCAAUUAAAACAUCAGAUGAGACCUCUUCUGAUGGUUCCACAUCAACAGCUGUUCCAACAUCAGUAGAGAAGCCAAAUAACACAUCCAAUGCUGGUUCAGCUGAUUCAGGCUGUGAUCUGUACCAUGGAAAUUGGAUUCAUGAUCCGUCAGGACCAUUAUAUACAAACAAUUCGUGCCCUCUGAUUACACAGAUGCAGAAUUGCCAGGGUAAUGGGAGACCUGACAAGGAUUAUGAGAACUGGAGAUGGAAGCCCUUUCAGUGUGACAUCCCACGAUUUGACCCAAAGAAAUUUUUGGAGCUGAUGAGAGGGAGGACAUUGGCUUUCAUUGGAGAUUCAGUAGCUCGAAACCAGAUGGAAUCAAUGCUAUGUAUUCUCUGGCAGGUCGAGGUACCGAAGAACCGGGGGAACCGUAACAUGCAGCGAUAUUAUUUUAGGUCCACACAAGUAAUGAUUGUCCGGAUAUGGUCAUCAUGGCUUGUCAAGUUAACAUCUGAACCAUUUGAUUUUGCUCCAGCUGGUGUGGACAAGCUCCAUCUUGAUGCCCCUGAUGAGAAAUUGAUGGAAUACAUUCCGCAAUUCGAUGUGGUUGUUCUUUCUUCCGGUCACUGGUUCGCCAAGCAGUCUGUGUAUAUUCUGAACAAUGAGAUAGUGGGAGGACAGUUAUGGUGGCCAGACAAGUCCAAGCAAAUGAAGGUCAACAACAUCAAAGCAUAUGGUAUCUCUGUUGAAACAAUUCUUGCUGCUCUUGCUACACAUCCAAAUUACACAGGGCUUGUGAUUGUGCGUUCUUAUUCUCCCGACCAUUACGAGGGUGGGGCAUGGAACACAGGUGGGUCAUGCACUGGGAAGGUUAAGCCUAUUGCAAUAGGUGAACUGGUGGAAAAUGGGUUCACAAAUACAAUGCAUGAGCAACAAGUUACAGGCUUUAACAGAGCAAUGAAAAGGGCUACAAAUAGAGCAAAGUUGAGGUUGAUGGAUAUCACUGAAGCCUUUCAAUACAGGCAUGAUGGUCAUCCUGGUCCUUAUAGGAGUCCUGACCCAAAUAAGCUCACAAAACGCGGCCCAGAUGGAAGGCCGCCGCCACAGGAUUGCUUGCACUGGUGCAUGCCAGGUCCUGUAGAUACCUGGAAUGAACUUGUGUUUGAAAUCAUUAAGAGUGAAUAUGAAGGUAGAAUUGCAUCAUAAGAUUUAUUUUUUUGUUUAUUUUUUUGACAAUCAAGCUGCAUGUUGUCCCUCUAAGAAUUUUGAGUUUCUAGGGAGGGUUAAAAAUAGAGUUCAGUUGUACCUUUGGAUAGAAUAAUAUGUUAUAUAGAAAUUAAUUUAUUUUAA